AUGCUUCGAAACAUGUGGCCAAUAUCUAUUGUGAACCCUGACGAGAUCGUGCAGUACCGUACCUCCAGCUACCUCAAGAGGCAGACGGAAGCCGCAACGAUGCCGUCAUCAGCCGAACUGAUGCGGAGACUGGAUGAAUUCGCAAGGCAGAACCCCAAAAGCAGGACGAGCAAAGCUCUGAAAGCCAAAGAAAUUUCCUUGGAAGCCUUAGCCGAAGCCAUCAGUCAGACAUGCAGCUUUGCUGAACCCUCGUCACUGGAGAAUCCGAAAGGGUUCAGGCAGUGGGGUGACGAUGUCAGGCAGUGGUACCUGUCAGAGUUCCAAGCUGACAGACAAAGGCAGAUGGAGGCCAGAUCAUAUGAUGAUCAGGGCACCAAUGUGCAGACGAUUACCAUGAAGGUACUUGGGAUCCCUGCAUACUUUUCCAGACAGGUGGAAAACUUAUGCCUCAAGCUUGAAGAGCAAGGCUUGAUCGUCGAUCAGACGCAAGACAGCAGGAGCCUGAUCUUCAAGGCUCCCUUGAAGCCUGACCUUGUGCAGGCAGCGGAGAUCCCAGCAGUGAUCACAUUUGUCCGCAAUGAGGCGGCUGAGAAACUCUGGAAAGGAGAUGGUACCUUCAAGGUGGCAGGCAGGAGGAUUCUAGCAGUGAACCCAGCAGCCAACCCACCGAUCUCGUUCAAGAUGCGGCCAAAGAAGGAGAACAUGGGCAGAGUUGGAAUCCUAGCUGAGGUGGCCCAACUCCUGAUGCUCAACGAUUCGAGCACAGGUGACAUAUGUGAGAUCUACAGCCAGCUAUGCCUGAAGCAGGGAUUAGCGAUCAUUGAUCUGAUCCCAAACGCGGGAAUGACAGUGAACCUCCCCCCCAAGAGGAACCUGCCGCCAAAGAAGGUGUUCGCUGCGGUAGGAAUAGAAACAGUCAACCAGAACAGAGAGGUCGACUGGAUCGCAACGUGCCCGAGCCUUGAAGCAGCGGACAUCGUUCUUCAAGCAUUCGAUAGACAUGGAAAGGAUCGUGCAGGAGUCACUUUGGGACUGGUCUCAGAGAAUGACAAAAUACUGAAAUGGUUCUCAGUGCAGAUGGAAGCAACGGCGCUGCACAAGAAUAUGAAGAAUGCGGUGCGACAAGAGGGCACGGCAAUGGCAACGGGAGCAGAGAUGCUGUACUCGGUACAAAUCUCCUCUCCUGUGCCGUCAGGGAAGUUCUCCCGAAAUGAGAUUGAAAAAAUCUGCGCAAGUGAUGAAACGGGCAGAGCAAAAGUCAUCCGAAACAUCCGGAGGGCUGUUGCUUGCUGGGAUCCACAGGUGGAAAAAGAUCUCCAACGGAUCCACCUCCAAUGCGAUCCAGAAACGGGGAUCUGGGAUGGGUCUGGUAUCAUUCUCCGGCUACGAAAUGAAAGUAGUGCAAGAAAGAUGAUGGCUGAAUUCCCCACACAGCUCCUCUGCUGGCAAGGCACAGUUGAAAUCCAAACGACAGCGAGCAGUCUGAACCUCCAAGUGUCGCCUCAGGCAACUCGCGAUCAGUCUAACCCUGAGGCCAGGGGGACCAGAGCAGAAGGAACGGUGUGGAAAGAGAUUGAGCUCAGUUCCAUUAUCAAUGAAACCAACCUCCCAGAUGCGGGAACGGACGUGGUCGUCGAAGAACUUAAGGAAGCUAUUGCUGACGAGGCCGAGAGCGAUGACAUCGAGAGUCGAUCUGUAAGCCUCUUGUUUCUUGCGAUCAGUAAAUUUGCUGAGAACCAUGGGUUGAGCUGCACGGGCAAGGUCGACAAGCAAGACCGACUGCGGCUGAUGAUGAGGGAGGAAGUCGACAUGGAGGCUGAGGAGGGCGAGGGCGUGGAGGAGGAGGCCGGUGCAGGCCCCUCGCGCGCUUGA